CGUAAGCUCCACUUCUGAACACAACACAGGCAAAUAGCAGCCAUGGAGAUGAAGAGAUGCACGGCCGCCAUCCUGCUGAUUCUUUCGCUCGAGGCCCUCGUCUCCGGGCGCCUCGCCGGUGCCGUCGCUGACGACGGCGUCGACACCAUUCGCCUUCCGAGCCAUGGUCUUGCUGAUGAAAUAGUAACGGCGGAGGCUGUGGAGACGGUUGGCGAGAAGAGCGUCGCCGACGAGGAUCCGAGCCCGCCGUGGAAGUGCUGCGACCUGUCUCGGUGCACCAGGUCGAUGCCGCCGAGCUGCUCCUGCCUGGACAAAGUGAAGAAGUGCGCUAAAGCCUGCAAGAACUGCGAGAAGGCCAUCGGAGCCAACGGCGCUUCUACCCGCUACAUCUGCCGCGACACCUACGGCAAGGUCGCCCCACCGUGCACCAACAAGACGGUCUCCGACGACGUCCGCCGCCUCUCCUCCUGCAGGGAGGAGACAGCCAGCAAGAAGAACGUCGCCGACGGCGACGAGGAUCCGAGCCCGCCGUGGAAGUGCUGCGACUUGCCUCGGUGCACCAGGUCGAUCCCGCCGACCUGCCAGUGCCUGGACAAGGUGAAGAAGUGCGCGAAAACCUGCAAGAAAUGCGAGAAGGCCGUCGGGUCCAACGACGCUUCUUCCAGCUACUACUGCCUCGACACAUACAGCAAGCCCGGGCCCCCGUGCCCGAAGACCAUCACCGCCGGCGUCCGCCGCGGUUACUAUAGUAGCCAUGCCCGCGGCCUGCUUGCUGCAGCCGUACAUGGCCAUGGUGAUGGAAAAAAAUAAAGUUAGCCGGCCAGCCGGUGUCCUAAACUCGUAGGGCGCCCAGAGAGCGUACUGAGUACGCAGUACGCACUGUAGUAGCUAGGCACGUACCCAUGUACGUGGUGUUCACCUUGUGGUCGUUUGUUUGGUUUUGAUUUUUUCUGUUUUCGUUUGUUGUGGUGUAACGUUAAGGCUACUUUGUUUCAUGGUCUGUCAGCAUCGACGAAUAAGAUAUAAGAUAUAUGUGGUGCCAGUGCCAGUUUUGUCGA